CAGUGCGGGGCCCCCUCUGCUAUGCCUCUGUCCUGUCUGAGGGAGUUACAGCAGCUGCAGCGCGGGUCUCAUGUCAUCGCUGGACUUGAUGAAAAAAGAGUGUUUCGCAUCUGGGACUCUGUCCUCGGCUUCCCUAAAAAGAAGGUUCAAGAGGAGGGUCGCUCCGCGGGCGCAGCAGGAUGCGGACAGCGAGUGUCAGCUGUGCAGGUGUUCCAUAUUUUCCCUGUCUGGCAGUAGUCGCACUGUGCGUCGGAUUUUGACAGCCUGCGUCCUCUCUUUCCUCGCCCUGCUUGGCUCCGUAUCCAUCGACCUCAGCUCCAACUUUGACCUGCUGCACACCACAGAGGGCGCUUACAACGAGCUGACUUCAUGCAGGACGAUAGCUAUCCUGCAACUCGUCAGGAAGCUUCAACACAUGAGACGCUUAUUCGCCAAAGACGUGGCCAAUGAGACAAUGGAGGCCAGUUUUUCAGAGGUUGUGUUUCCUGUGUUCGAUCAUCUCUGUGGUGAAAAGGUGGGUCACAGCAAUGGCCACGGGGUCCCUUGUGGUGUUGAGUUGGCUGGAUUCUGCCAGGAGAUGCUGUGGCGUGUUCAAGGAUUUCUAAACGCUUCAUUGGAUACAAACGGCACGAGUGAAAACGGUACUUCUGCUUACUCCCUGGCCAUCGGAAGACUUCUUGACAUCUGGGGUACGGUAGAAGAAACUUUAGUCAAAGUCAAACAGCAUUACAACUGGAGAGAUGUACUGUCCGCAAGACUUCUGAUCAAAUUCAUAGAGCUCAACCACCAGUUGAUGGACUUCCCCCACGUGGCAACUCACACUGACUUCCAACACAAGUGGACUUACGAACUAAGCUACCUCGGCUUCGCCAGGGUUAUGACAGAACGACUGAACGACUGCUGGUUAGAGAACAUAGACUUCAAGUUAAACUCCAGCCAGCGUGUAAAACAUUCUUAUAUUUUUGACACAAGUCUGUGGCAGAUCUCUGGAGCCGGUACGGAGCUUCUGUCUGGGUCUCACACUGGAAUUCGGGCUCUGACAAACACCCAGCGGUGCUUGUUUGAUCGUGCGGUGCCCGCUCUCAGAUUGGAGUCUCGAUCCGUGUCUUCGGGCCUCAGUAUGAAGGUCUGCCUGCUGGCCAUUGCCUGCCUCAUCUACCCGGUGGUGAUGUUCUCCUUCAAGCAGAUGACGGAGUGGAUACAGAACUACGCCCAGAGCUUGAAGGAGAAGACUGAGGACCUAAAGCGCCAGAGCCAGCUGGCUGAGGAUCUGCUGCACCAAAUGCUGCCCAAGUCGGUCGCCAAGCAGCUCCGCCAGCAAAAGCAUGUCGAGGCGGAGAGCUAUGAAAAGGUUACCAUUUUUUUCUCCGACAUCGUGGGCUUCACCUCCAUCUCUGCGUCCUGUGCUCCUCUGCAAGUGGUGGAGAUGCUCAACAACCUCUACAUGUGCUUCGACACACGCAUCGACUCCUACAAUGUCUACAAGGUGGAGACAAUCGGGGAUGCAUACAUGGUGGUGAGCGGUCUGCCUGAGAGGAACGGCGAUAGGCAUGCCGAUGAGAUCGCAAAGAUGGCGCUGGAUCUGUUAGCAGCCGUCAGACAGGUCUCCAUCCCUCACAUGCCCGACCACAGGCUGGAGCUCCGAGCCGGCAUCCACACAGGCCCAUGUGUGGCGGGAAUAGUCGGCUACAAGAUGCCAAGAUACUGUCUGUUUGGAGACACUGUCAACACAGCGUCCAGAAUGGAGUCGACCAGCCUGCCUCAAAGAAUCCACACCAGUUCCGAAACCUACUUGGCUCUGAUCAAAGACAACGCCUACGAGCUGCAGCUUCGCGGAGAGAUCGAGGUCAAGGGUAAAGGCAAAAUGAACACAUACUGGUUGAUCGGCCAUAAGAACUACAGUGUGCAGAAUGACAGCCUGGUUUGCCACUGGAAUCCUAACAAGACCAGAAAGAAGAAGACAGUGGUCGGCAGCGAUGUCUCUGCGGCCAAUUCAUCAGUGACAGUGCAGAGCCUCAGUGAGAACGCCACCACCGCAGUCUCCCUUCCCUCCUCAGACCGGCCCGGCCUGAGCGUGGCGGCCCACAUGGAGCAUUACAACGGCGGCUACGGCACCCUGGGCUCCAUGAUUGGGGGGCUGCAGGGAGGAGACGACCCAGCCAACGUAUAGGAGCAGCUUCAGAUGCAAACCUUGACCUACUGCCUGACUCCGAACAGCCACAUGGAACCGGCUCGGGACUUCUACGGGAACAUCAAUCGACCCAGGAGAAUGACCGUGAUUUGUUAGUCGUAGGUAGUGUAAUAACUGCUGAAUAAUGUGAUUACUUGUCACAUUAUAGGUGCCCUGCCAUACAAAACUGUUUUUACUUGCAUUUUUUUAAAUAUGUCAGGUCCAUAUGUGUGUGUGUUAUGUGGUGAAUGUGAAA